UGCCCCCGCGCGGCGGCCGCACUUCCGCCGGCUGGGCGUCCCGCGCGCGCCUGGUUUGUUUGAAGGGAGGCGUUUAUUAGUCACCGCGCGGGGCUGCUUGUCUUUUCCCGGGUUCCGAGUCCGGCCGGAUCAGUGCGGAGGGACGAGGGGCAAGAGCUUCCUCGUGAGUCACCCUGAGGCAGCAGCGCCCGGGAGAUCGGGCGUCCGUACGGGGGCGGACCAGGGCUAAGCCCGGUCGGCGGGGAAGCUGGAGGCCUGGGGGCGGGAGCUUCUGCUCCCGGGGCGCAGGCCUGUGUGCGUGGCCUUGGGCAAGACAUUUCGCCCUUCUCGUGCAGCACACUCUGCCGCACACGCUGUCCUUGCCCCCCUGGCCCCGAACCCUUGCUCGGGGGCCCGCAGUGCCCCCCCGCUCCGGAGACGUUUAGGGCAGCGCUGCCGCCAGCCUGACCGGACGCGGCCCUCCGAGUCAAACGCUGGCUCCCCGAAAAUACCGUCGAAACAGCCUGUAGCUAAGACAAAACUGAGUCCGAUGCUUCCUUCUCUUGUUCGGGGAGAGCACUGUCUGAAAGGGUAGUUAGUCGAGAGGAGGUAGAGGGGCAGAGUUGGGGUGUUGAGGUUUGGGGCCAGGCUGAAGGGGGGCUUUUUGAUGCAAGAUUUUUUAAUUAGGGUUGGGUAAGGAUCGGGUCACAUAGUUCAGGAUGUGUGGUCCCGGUGACGUGAGGAUUUCAUGAGCCUUGGAGCUUCAACUGUUGCUUAAUGCUACCUGUCAAAAGUUGGGGCGGUUUUCAAUGGAUUUUUGUGAAGUCGGAGAGUAAGGUUAUUGACACCUUUUGUUUUCCUGGGCAGGUGUUUCCUGACAUCAUACAAUAAUACAGCCAGGUUGUUUUGCCUCAGCCAGUAUGAGUCACAGCCUUCUGUUGUUUGCACCCACAGAAACCCUGUAUGUGGUUUGGUUGUGUGUAAAAUGGGGAUCAUAUUGCAGGGGGAUGGGGAGGAGCUGGGCACGCCCUGAGAAAACCAGGGUCUCAGCCUCUGGUAGCCCAGCAGGUCUUAUGAAAACGUCUGAGCCUGAAAAACAAUCCUUAUCUCAAAUAGGAAAAGGGAGCUCCAAAUUGAAAUGAAUAGGUGGUUACUUAUAUGUAUAUCAAUAAACAAUAGGCUAGAUUUAUUAUUAAUACCUUAUUACUGUCCACCAGCCAACUGCUACUCAAAGCACAUAGUUAGGGGUGGUUGCAUUUACCCUGUAGAGAGAUGUGCACGUUCCUAUGAUUUGUGCCGUGUGGUCAGGGGUUCGAAGCUAAGAAUGCUCCAGGCUUCUCAAGAUGUGAAAACAUCCCUGGGGCAUUUGGCUCCUGGUCUUGGUACGUCCCUGCUCUGGUCUGUGAGCUCAUUUCCUCAUCUGUACAGUGGGGAAGACUGUGCUUUGGGCGGAAUAAGGAGGAAGUGAGGCCCUAUGUUAGCCAGCAGUUGUUGGAACCGAAGUCCACAGGAUUCUAAAGCAGCGUUAGCCCUCACCGGCAUGGGCUGCCCUGCACGUUGUGGGUCUAGAACAGACCGAGGGCCCAUAGUAAGCAAGCUGGGAAGGAAUGGGAGUGUUAACCAGUUUGGAAGAAAGCAGGAGAAUGGAGGUGAUAUUAACCAUUCUCCCAGCUCAACCUAGUUCCAUCCAUUUCCUGCACUGCUCCCCACCCCACCCACCAGGACAGGUGCAGGGACAACAUUAAACAUAUUUAACAACCAGUUUGAAACAAUGAAAACAGGCUUGCAGGAGAGGCUUGGAGCCCCCCACCCCUGUCUCAACAGGUAUUAAUGUUUUUAAUUGCUAGAGUUUGUGGGGGUGGGGGGUAAAUACCCGGCCGGGUGUUUAGGGAAGUCCCUGUUUAACCUGUAGUUGACAUUCAGUUCGGGCCCUAUCAGGGCCUCCCGGCUAAAAAUGUGCCUGCGUAGGGAAGUGGGGGUCCCAGGUGUGGGGCAGGCGGAGGUGGGGGCCUGGGUAGGGGGCAGAUCCUGAUCAGGUGAGCCUUCUGUGGUCACCAGAGCAGUGGGGUCUCCUGGUGAGAGCUGGGCUCUGCCAGGGAAGCUUCAGCUUCCUGGGGCUCCUGGGCGUUUGAGGGGCGCCCUUGCUGAACUUUGCUAGGUUUGCAUGUCCGCCCAUCUUAGACUUGGGGAACUCUUUCCCCUUUCCUGUUCUAGCUGACACAUUUCCUGUCCUCUCUCCACACCGGUGCUCCGUCUUUCACAACACCUUGCUGGUGAACUCAGCUUUGACACCCGUCCUUAGCAGCUGGAGGAUUAGUUCUGCCCUUAAGGGCAAGAAAGACUGGGCCUUCCAACCCUGCCGAUUCGAGGGAAAAUAUUUGUGUUCUAUUUCUUCAUGAUAAAGAACAGAAAAAAAAAAAAAAAUCACUACGCAGCUCUAGAAAAGUCUUUAGAAAAGAGAAUAGUUUGACAGUACAUGUCAGAUAAGUUUAUAAGCUAGUGAUUUUCCUACUAAGAAUGUAACUUGAGUGAGAAGGAAAGCGGGUGAGAGCAGAGAAAAAACGGGCCAGCCAGAUGUCCAAGGCCGGAUACUCCGCUUGCUUGCUUUUGGCUUCUGUAAUCUUGCUUGCCCCCACAUCAGCCAGCAGCCAGGAACCGGAAGACUGAUUGUACUAGUCCCACCCAACCCGGAAACACUUAGGUAUAAAGGAUCAGUAAAACCCGAGUCGGGUGCUCAGCUUUUGGAGGUGACUCCGCUGGGACGGCACCGGUGCGGAAUAGUCUUUUUUAAUACCCUGAGUGUGUGUCGCUUGUCUUCUCCUGGACUAUUUGCUGUAAUAUUUUUGGUGCGUUGGCCAGGAAGCCGACAGCCGUGCUGGCCCCUUGAGUCACCACUGUGGGAGGCCACGGAGAGUCCACUCAUCGCGGGGCCCUGUGACAAAGGAAGGUACGCCACCACCUUGACCGCGACCCUCACCAGGCCCGACAGGAGUCAGCCGCCGCUGUUUUCAGACGGACUCCAGGGGAGUCAGAAAAUUCUGCCAGGACGGGACAUCGGAUCGGGAGACAGGCGUCCGCAGAGAAUAGGCCCCGACGGGACCCUUUCUACUACCAACGGUUCUCCACUACUGACCUCCUCAUCGGGAAACACCACACUCGCCCAACUCUGAGAGGCCGCAGGCGAUGAUCUUCUAGAGUCCAUAUUCCAGUCUCAGCGCCCUGCCUGGGUCAACUGUUAGCAGCUUUGCGUCCCCUUUUCAACACAGAAGAGCACCAGCGAAUCGUCACCGAAGCCAGAAGAUGGCUCCUGACUCAAUUACCAGAUGGACAACUAGACGUUGAGGCCUAGGCACGGGAGGCUGUGCCCGAAGAGGAACACAGAAGUGGGAAGGGCCAGACUAGAAAGAUACCGACUAGCCUUCCUCCAAGGGGUAAAAGCAGAGGCCAGACAGCCUACCAACAUGGCAAGAGUAUCUGAGGUGUGUCAAAAGCCAGAAGAGAGUCCGGCUGACUUCUGUGAAAAUUACGUGAAGCCUUCAGAGUUUACACUCCAUCGACCCAGAAGCCCUCAAAAACCAGCACGUGGUCACUGCUGCCUUUGUGGGAUAGCCCCAUAGUGACAUUAGACAGAAGCUCCAAAAAUUGGAAGGAUUUGGUGGAAAGAACGCCACCGAACUAUUGGAAAUCGCCAACAAGGUUUUUGUAAAUUGGGGCCAAGCUGCCAGAAAGGAGGCGGACAGCAGAGUGAAGCAAAAGGCAGCUCUCCUGGCCGCGGCCUUGGGGCGACCACCCCCUGUGGAAGGGCACGGAAACCACAAGGGGCUCAAGAACAAAAAAGAAGGGCGCCGCUGGGAUGGGGUCAACGUGUCUACUGCAAGGAAUGUGGACCCUGGAAAAAUGAAUGGCCCAGCCGCCAAAAAGGGAAACCAAAAGCUUCUACUCCACCGAGAUGCUACCAACCAGAACCACCCGAGGCCGACCUGAUCGGUAUCCAGCUGGGCCCCCAUGAGCCCAUGGUCAAAAUGAAGGUGGGGGGCCAGACAAUAGACUUCAUGGUCGACACAGGGGCCGAACACUCUGCGGUGACACACAGGGUGGCACCUCUGUCGGGUCGAGAAGUCACCAUCGUAGGAGCCACUGGGAUGCAAACCUGAAGGCCAUUUUGCCGUCCCUGACAGUGACCUGGGAGGUCACCAAGUACUUCACGAAUUCCUGUAUCUACCUGACUUCGCACUGUCACUCUUAGGUAGAGACCUCCUAGCCAAGAUGGGCGCACAAAUAGCCUUCACCUUGGAUGCACGGACACAACAGCACCUAAAUGAAAAGGCCCAACCCAUGGUUGUGUCCCUGACGAUUCCACGGGAAGAGGAAUGGAGAUUAUAUACUUCCCCUCCCGGGGAGCCAACUGUGGCCCCCGAGCUAGAAGCUGAAUUCCCUUCAGUUUGGGCAGAAGGAACCCCCCCCUCAUCUGCAAAAAACCACCCCCCCCAAUAUUAAUUGACCUAAAGCCUGGGGCCCAGCCUGUCAAAAUAUGCCCAUACGUGAUCUCAUGGGAGGCUCACCUGGGGAUCCAGACACUCUUGGACAGGCUACUCAAAUGGGGACUGGUAAAACGAUGCCAGUCCCUGUGGAAUACGCCCCUGCUGCCCGUGAAAAAGCCUGGGACAGAUGAUCACCGCCCUGUGCAGGACCUAAGAGCCGUAAAUGGAGCAGUCGUCAGGCUGCAUUCAGCAUUGCCCAACCCGUAUGCUCUGCUAGGACUCAUACCCUCUGAGGCAGGAUGUUUCACGUGUCUAGAUUUAAAGGACACCUUCUUCUGUCUCCAGCUAGCGCCUAAUAGCCAACCCCUAUUUGCCUUUGGAUGGGAAAACCCUACCACAGGAGCAAACGAACAAUUCACUUGGACUAGACUGCCGCAAGGAUUAAAAAAUCCACCAGCCUUAUUCAGUGGGGCACUGGCAUCUGACUUAGCCCGGUUCCUGGGACGGGACCUAGGAUGUGUCCUCCUCCAGUACGUGGACAAUCUCCUGCCAGCCAGUCCCAGGCGGACCCAGUGCUGAGAGGGAACCAGGGCCCCGCUCAGGCCGCUAGCAGAGGUGGGAUACCGGGUGUCAAAGAAAAAGGCACAGAUCUGCCCGUAGGAAGUUAAAUACCUGGGCUUCAAAAUUACUCAAGGCAAAUGGAUGCUGCGAGCCGAAAGGAAACAGGCAGUCUGUGCCAUUCUGGUUCCCACUCCUCGCUGGCAGGUCCAAGAGUUCCUGGGAGCAGCAGGAUUCUGUCGAUACGGAUCCCAGGGUUCUCGGAGUUGGCCGGACCUCUCUAUGAGGCACCAAAGGGGGAAGAAAGGGCACCCCUUUUCUGGGGCCCUCAUCAAGAAGAGGCAUUUCAAAACCAUAAAAACAAAACUCGCAGAGGCCCCGGCCCUGGGACUUGCAGAUGUAUCACGAGAUUUCAGUCUGUUCGUACGUGAAAGCAGUGGGGUGGCCCUGGGGCUUCUCGCCCAGGAAUUUGGAGCUUGACCAAGACCAGUGGCAUAUCUUUCAAAGCAGAUUAACUCCGCUGUGGGAGGACGGCCACCCUGUCUGAGGGCCCGGCCCUGGCAGCCACCGCACUUGUGAUCAAGGAAGCAGGCACACUCAUGUUGGGGCAAGACCUGAGCUCUGAGGUUCCCCGUGCUGUUAUUACCGUGAUAGAUGCCGGAGGGCAACACUGGCUAACACGUGCUCGGAUGACAGUAUCGGGGACCGCUGUGUGGUCCCACGAAUCAGAUCGGAAACCGUAGAAACUAAACCCUGCCACUUUCUUGCCUGCCGCGGCAGGGCCCCCAGAGCAUGAUUGUCUAGGGGUCCUUGAUGGAGUCUUUUCCAGCCGACCCGACCUAUCAGACAGAGCCUUACAAACUCCUAAUCUCACCCUGUACACCGACGGCAGCAGCUUCAUGAACGCCGGUUACGCAGGAGUCUCUGAUUUCGAGGUCACAGAAGCACAGGCCCUUCCACAAGGACGACCAGCUCAAAGAGCAGAACCGUGGGCCCUAAUGAGAGCACUAGAACCCAGGAAGGACAGACAGGCCAACAGACACGCUGACUUGCGCCAUGCCCUUGCCACUCUACCUGCACGUGGGGCCCUACACAAGGAGAACGGACUUUUGACCACAGGAGGGAAAGAAAGAAAAAAUCGGGAAGAAAUCCUAAAACUACUGAGGGCAGUCUGGGAACCGAGGGAGGUAGCAGUCAUCCACUGCAGGGGACACCAAAGGGGAAAGGACUCCGUGUCGGAAGGUAACUGACGGGCGGACGGCGCAGCUAAACAAGCAGCGGGAGAAUGAACGGCACCCUCGAAAAUCACGCUGGCCCCGGAGCUGCCGGCUUCCCGAAGGUACACGAUCCAAGAGACGAAAUGGGCACAGCAGGAAACAGGAGGCCAGACGGAAGGGUCGUGGGUACUUGCGGGCCAAAGAGUCUGUGUACUGGAGCCGCUGGCCCGCCAGGUGGUUCCCCGGCAGUCUGAGCUCCCCCACCCGGGAAGGACCGCCCUUGAAACCUUAUCGGGCUGUUACUAUGUAAUCGCUCGGCUCCCGUCCUUCUGUGCCUCGGUCUCUCAACGCUGCCUCCUCUGUGCUCAAAAUAACACCAGACGGGGCCCCACUGGACCCGUGGGAAUCCAUUGCUGCGGUCAGGCCCCCCUUCAAAGAUUUGGAGGUAGGCUUUACCGAAAGGAGAACCGGCGGAGGAUACGAAUUUCUUCUAUUCAUCUGCACGUUUCUGGGCUGGGCGGAGGCCUACCCCACACGCACCGAAAAGGCAAGAGUAGUAACCAAGAGUAUCCCUUGCUAAGGGAUAUCAUCCCCAGACGUGGAAUGCCGUUGAACCAUGGGCUCAGACAGCGGCCCGGCUUUUGUGGCCGAGGUGAUGCCUAAAGUAUCCCUGGGCAUCCGAUAGAACUUACACGCAGCCUACCAGCCCGAGUUCAGAGAAAGUGGAACGUACGGAACCGGACCCUUAAAUCAGCCAUGGCAAAACUGCGUCAGGAAACUAAUUUGCCAGACAUACGACCUCUAUCUAGCUCUUCUCCAAAUAACGCUGUACACCCCGGGCAAAAAUCGGAUCCUCCCCAUUCGAUACCCUCUCUGGAAAAUCCCCUCCACUAGUCAAAUUCAAGAGGGACCUGACAGAACUAGGGAAACAAGAAUUAGGGAAAACUAUUUGGGAUACAUACAUGGUGACGGACAGGAUACCGAUUUCCCGUGGAAUAGCUGUACAUCCCACAAACCUGGGGAUCCGCUUUGGAGUAAAGAUAAGGAAACCACUCAAACCUACCUGGAAGGAACCCUAUUUCGUUGUGCUAACCACGCCCACGGCCCUCAAGGUCGCAGGACUAACCGCCUGGAUCCGCCAUUCUCGAGUAAAGGCGGCCCGCCCGUCGCCUGACAACCACUUGGAAUGGAAAGGAACUGCGCGAGCCAGAACAGUCCUCUACAGACCACCCUUAAGAGCACAGCACCGAUAAGCGGCCUGCAGCCAACCCCUGAGGGCUCUGUGCUCCGUGUUCAACGUGAGACUUGAACUCGGGACCCUGAGAUCAAGAGUCGUACGCUCUACAGACUGAGCCAGCCAGGCGCCCCAAACAUGCUAUUUUAAAGCGUCCCCAGCGUGCGGGCAGGGGCGGUCUUCGGUCUGCUCGCCGCUGUGUCUCCAGCAGGCCCGGGUGUGAAAUGGCGUUGGUGUGCCACUUCUUGGGGCUGAGCCCCGCCAGCCCCAGCUGCCACUCGCGCGAUGCGUCCGCAGCCCUCUCCGUCCUGCACAGCUCGCUGCAGAUCAUCGGUGGCCCUGCGAUGGUGUGACAGGCACCGGGUGGCAGGUCCCGCCCCACCUGUGACCUACAGCCUGGGGUGGCCAGACCGAGCCACUCACUCACUCGGGGGACUGGUCCAACGGCAUUCCACCUCCCGGGAUAAAACCUGGGGUGACCUGUGGGGAGCUCUGCACACAGCUCUCCCAGCCGCGCCCGCGCCCCCACCGGCCAUGGUGGUUUCCAGAAUUCCCCCGGCCCUGGGUGGAGGCUGUCUCAGGAUCCUAACCCCCCUUCUGCUUCUGGCUUCUGCAGCCUCCCUCCGUGCUGCCAGGAUACCUGCACCCGCAGCUUGUGGGGAGCCCCAGCGGCUGAACCGGAUCGUGGGCGGCGAGGACAGCGCUGAUGCCGAGUGGCCCUGGGUCGUGAGCAUCCAGAAGAACGGAACCCACCACUGUGCAGGCUCCCUGCUCACCAGCCGCUGGGUGGUCACUGCUGCCCACUGCUUCAAGGGCAACCUGAACAAGCCGUCCCAAUUCUCUGUGCUGCUGGGGGCCUGGCAGCUGGAGAACCCUGGCCCCAGGUCCCAGCAGGUGGGUAUCGCCUGGGUGCAGUCCCACCCCGUGUAUUCCUGGAAAGAGGGCUCCCGUGCAGACAUCGCCCUGGUGCGUCUGGAGCACGCCAUCCACUUCUCUGAGCGAAUCCUGCCCAUCUGCCUGCCUGACUCCUCCGUCCGUCUCCCUCCGAACACCCGCUGCUGGAUUGCAGGCUGGGGGAGUAUCCGUGAUGGAGUGCCCCUGCCCCACCCCCAGACCCUGCAGAAACUGGAGGUUCCCAUCAUAGACUCGGAAGUCUGCAGCCGCCUCUACUGGCGGGGCGCCGGGCAGGGAGCCAUCACCGAGGACAUGCUGUGCGCUGGCUAUCUCGAGGGGCGGCGGGACGCCUGUCUGGGUGACUCGGGGGCCCCCUGAUGUGCCAGGUCGAGGGCACCUGGCUGCUGGCGGGCAUCAUCAGCUGGGGCGAGGGCUGUGCCGAGCGCAACCGGCCCGGCGUCUACAUCAGCCUGGCUGCCCACCGCUCCUGGGUGAUGAGGAUCGUGCAAGGGGUGCAGCUCCGCGGGCACUCACAGGGGAGGGGGACCGCAGGGGAAGGCGCGCCCUCCCCGAGGGGCCCGCGUUAGGGACCUGGGGAGACGCGGCGGCCACGCCGGUGUAAGUAAGCCAUCUGCCUCCGGGGGGCGCCCGCGUGCCGGCACCGAGCGGCCUCGCAGCCCGCCCCGCCCGCGCGAGCGCCUCUGUGUGUAUGUAUAUACAUGUUAAUAAUUUUUACAGUUAUUUGUACCCCGCCCUCAUAGCUUAUUUAUUCCUCCAAUUUCAAUAAAUUAUUUAUUCCCCCGUU